UGACAGAUAAAAACGCUUACAGAAACCUCUAUACAAAGUCAUUUCUGGGGUAUACUGCAUGAAAAGCAAGCCUGGAUCUCCAAGAAAAGUCUGCUAAUUACUGGGACCCAUCACCUACAGGAAACAUGAAACAAGAUUCGCUGAAGGUAAAGUGUGACCUUCAAGUGUCAAAUAAUAAUAAGAAUCAUCAUACCAGUGAUCUGAGCACAGAGAGUCGCCUCUUCCUAAGACGGGGGCAGGAAUUCACCAUAGUUCUGGGCUUCAAAAAGCAGCUGCAACUAGGCAAAGUAUCUCUCAUUACAACAACAGGCCCAAAUCCUUCCAAACAAAAUGGUACAAAGAACAAAUUUCAGAUCUCCAGUCUUGGGAACAGGAAAUCCUGGAGUGCCAGGGUAACAUCCAGUGACGUUAAUUCAUGGACAGUGGCCAUCACCUGCCCAGCGAAUGCCCUCAUUGGAAAUUACACACUGUCAAUCAAAGUGACCAGCACAUUUCACACUUUUGUACAAGAUCUGGGGAAGUUUAUGUUGCUUUUUAACCCAUGGUGUUCAGAUGAUUCUGUAUUCCUGUGGAAUGAGACUCAAAGGGAAGAAUAUAUUCUCAGUGAGGAUGGCAUUAUCUACUUGGGUACUGCAGACUGUAUUCAAUCACACCCUUGGCAUUUUGGUCAGUUUGAAGAGGAAAUUGCUGACAUCUGUAUCAAGGUCAUGGACAUGCACCCAAACUACCAGAGAGAUCCAGAAAAAAACUAUCUGAGGAGAAAUGAUCCUGUCUAUAUUAGUCAAGUGAUUAGUGACAUGAUUAGCAGAAGAGAUGAGGAAGACAGGGUUGCACACUUGGUGAAAAAUACAACACCCUCUACUACAUGGAUAAGCAGUGUGCCCAUCCUACAGCAGUGGUUCCUGUCUGAAUGCCAACCUAUCUAUGGUCAACACUGGGUAUUUGCAGCUGUGCUGUGCACAGUAUUACGGUGUCUCGGAAUUCCUACCAGAGUCGUAACAAAUUUUAACUCGGCACAUUACACUGACAGAACCCUUCAGAAGGACAAAUUUUACAAUGAGCUUGGGGCACGGAUUCACAGAGGAAGGAAUGACAGCAUUUGGAAUUUCCAUGUGUGGAAUGAGUGCUGGAUGGAGAGACGGAAUCUUCCGGAGGAAUAUAGUGGCUGGCAAGUUGUAGAUGCCACAGCACAACAGAAAUAUGAUGGUACAAUGAACUGCAGUGGUCCUGCUCCAGUUAGAGCAAUCAAAAAUGGGGAUGUGGAUAUAAAUUAUGAUGUUCACCUCAUCUUCUCUAAAGUGAACACUGACUGUACGGUCUGGGUGCGAAACUCAGAAGGCUUUUUCACAAAGGCACUUGGUGACACGAGACAUGUUGGGGAAAGUAUCAGCACAAAGAGUGUUGGGAGCAACACACGGCAAGACAUUACCUUAAACUAUAAAUACCCAAAAGGAUCAGAAGAGGAAUAUAAAGUGUUUCAAAAGGUCAAGCAGAAGUUAAAGAACUACAAACCUGAGGAGGACAAUGAAACGUCUCUCAGUCCCUUCAUAGUUUCGGUGACUUCUCAGAGUACCCAGCUGUAUGGGCAAGAUGUUGAAAUUACUGCAACUGUGACCAAUAUAAGUGACAGCAAGCAGGACCUGCUGUUGGUGGUUGGAGCUCAGUCUGAAUACAAUUAUGGUAUCACUCGAGCUCAAUUCUGGAAAGAGGAAUACAAUUGUCAACUCAGCCGAGGAGAAGGGAAAAGUGUAUCCUGCCUUCUGAGUUACUCCCUCUAUCGAGAUGCCCUGAUGAACAAUAACCUUCUCAGAGUCACUGCUCUGGUAAAGCAACCUAAGGGUGUGAGAAGCAGGUUUGCUCUUGCAGAGCAGAAUGUGAUAGUCUGCAAACCCGCCCUUGUUCUUCAGAUGCCUAAAGUUGCUAUACAAUUCCAACCCACCACAGCAAUGGCUGUCUUCACAAAUCCUCUGGGAGAGGCCCUAAGGGAAUGUGUGAUCCAGGCAUCAGGGAAAGGGCUACUAUACAAAGAGAGAGAAUAUUGGUGUGACGAUGUGCUUCCCGGAGGACAGCUCUGUUACCCAUUGACUUUCACACCAACCCUAGUUGGGUCCAGGAGGCUUUGUGUACAACUGAAAAGCAACAAACUUAAGGAAAUAAUCAGCUACCAGAAGUUGGAAGUCCUGCCGGCUAAUGCACAGCAAUGGUCACCUGAAAACUGGGAAGAAUUCCAAAAAUCUGCAAAAGAGCAAACAUUUGGCACAAAAACAGAGGAUAUGGCGUCCAUCUCUGUCACCCUCCAGUCAGAUGACUUUGUGCUCUAUGGGCAGGAAAUCCAUGGUACUGUGAGAGUAUCAAAUCAAAGUGUAAUGGAGAAAGAUUUAAACAUCCUAUUCUAUGCCCAGUAUGUACAUGAGAACUGGAACUUUUGCCCAUGGUUUUGGAAGGAGGAAUGUUCCCUAGGCCUUUCAGCAAAAGAAGACAUAACUAUCCAUGUUGGGAUCUCCCUCCUGCAAUACGAAGACUUCCCUUGGGAGAGUCACCUUGUUAGACUUACGGCACUUGUCACAGAUGUCACCAAUACCAUAUCCUCAAGCAAGAAGAUCACAAUCCUCAAGCCCGAUCUAAUCAUCCAGAUGCACGAGACAGCGAUACAAUACCAGCUUAUCACAGCAAAAAUCAACAUCACAAACCCUUUGGAGGAUACUCUCGAUGGCUGUGUAAUAACAGUUUCUGGUGAAAGCCUGAUAUACAGAGAAAGAUCCUACAGAUGCAGCAACUGUGACCCUGGAACUACUCAGGAAUAUAAUAUUACAUUUACCCCAACACAGACAGGCGCUCUGAAACUUUGUGUGAGAUUCAACUGCAGACAGUUUUGUGAUGUAAAAAUCAGCAAAAGUAUAGUGGUGUUUCCAUCCAAUACCACAGUAUUUAGGCAGGGAUAAGCAUUUUUACUCAAUGUCUUUGUGAAAAUUAAGUUUAUAACCAUAAAUAUAUUUGUACAUUUUCAUACGUUCAUAUAUUUUAAUGACAAAUACAAAAAGAGUUCUAAAAGAAUGUCAGAACAUUAUUAAAAGGCUUAAAAAAGAAAAAGAAAACAUUGGUGACAGACCAGAAUGGACAUUUAUACUAGAUUUUCUCAAUAUAGACUUCUAUUAGUCUAGAGUAAGACCCACCCACUCUGCAUGCUUAAAUACAUUAAAAAUACUUCUGUAUUACUCUUAAAUCCAGAAAAUAUUUUUACAAUACCUGAAAUAUUGUGUAUCAGUUUUAAAAAUACAUUAAUUAUGGUAUUUCCUGUUCUUCUUAUUAUUUUGCAAAUUCCCACACAGGGCCCCAUUUAUUAAGCUGUGAAUUAAGGUUUGGGCCUCGGUGAUCCAGGCAAUGCUUGUUAAGUAGCUGCAGUCUUAAGACCACAGAUGAUUAAAGGGACAGUCUACACCAGAAUUUGUAUUGUUUAAAAAGAUAGAUAAUCCGUUUAUUACCCAUUCUCCAGUUUUGCAUAACCAACACAGUUAUAUUAAUGUACUUUUUACCUCUGUGAUUACCUUGUAUCCUUUGCAGACUGCCCUCUUAUUUUAGUUCUUUUGACAGACUUGCAUUUUACCUAAUCAGUGCCAUCUCAUACAUAUCUCCACAUGCAUGAGCACAAUGUUAUCUAUAUAGAAAACAUGAACUAACGUCCUCUAGCUGUGAAAAACUGUCAAAUGCAUUGAGAUAAGAGGCGGCCUUCAAGGGCUUAGAAAUUAUCAUAUGAUCCUAUCUAGGUUUAGUUUUCAACUAAGAAUACCAAAAGAACAACGGACAUUUGAUGAUAAAAGUGAAAUGAAAAGUUAUUUAAAAUUGCAUGCCCUAUCUGAAUCUUGACUGUCCCUUUAACAGCUGCACACAAGUAGGGGCUGCAUUGGGUGAAGCCUGGUGGACAAGGUUCCUGAUAGUGAACCUUGGUUGCCUGGCAUAUGAUAAAUGGGGGCCAUAUAACUAAAUUACAAGUGGAGUGAAAUCAAUAGCACAGGGUGCACUAUUUUUUGCACAAACUUGUGCAAAGAAUAAUGUUUAAUCUGGUAUUACAAGUGGAUGGUUAAAUAUAUUAUUAAAAGCAUCUUAACGCAGCCAAAGCUUUUUAUCCUGCCCUAUACUUUAGGAUGGAUAGCGCAGGUAGCUUAUUGCGCUUGUAUUACAAGUGGUGAGUUAAGUGUUGUUGUUCAAAUUUUUUUACCUGAAGUAAGCCAUUAUUAUUAAUAGUAUAGCACAGAACUACAUGAAGAAUUUAACUACUUUUGUGCACCAUCAGCUUAAUGCACCUGGCAUACAUGAAUUUAACUCUGUCGUCGUCAUAAAAGUUAGGUGUUAAGUGCACCCGCCAUAUCAGCAGAUGUUAGCACACCCUAGACUAUCAUUUGAGUGUUAAAAAAAAAACUUUGCACAAAAAUAGAAGCGCUAUUGAUUGGUCUCAUGAGAUGUUUAUCACUAUAGCCCUAAAAAUGUUGUGCUCCACUUGUAAUUUAGGCUAUAAUGUGGUAUUCAUCAAAAUAGGUUAUAACUGGAGAAACAUUAAAUGUUUUAUAAGGCUAUGCAUGGGCUAUGUCUCAAUAUGUGUAAAAAAAACAUUUGUCAAAACUAAAAUCCAAAUAAAAAUGUGGCUUUUCAGUG